AUGGAGUACUCGGGCCAAAUGUGCGAGGGACUUAUGCAUGGCCAGGGCAUGCUGGUGUACCCAAACAAAGAAAAAUACACGGGCGAAUUCGUGCGCGGAAAGCGCCACGGUAUGGGUGUGAUGCAAUUUGAGGAUGGAAGUGUGUACACAGGCAUGUGGGAGAAUGACGUAUGCCAUGGUGUUGGCGCUCGGCAGUAUCCCAAUGGCAACCGAUACGAAGGCGAGUGGGUGAACGGUGUGAUCCAUGGCGAGGGCACGUUACAUUACUACGACGGCGACUUUUACAAAGGUCAUUGGAAAGAUGGUAAGAUGGACGCCCACGGCGUGUAUCAGUUCCACAACGGCGACCGAUACGACGGCGACUGGCUCGACGACCAACGCCACGGACGUGGAACCAUCGGCGAGUGGUGUCGCGGCCAAAUGCACGGAAGCGGCACGUACUGGUACGGCGACGGCAGCCUUUACGAAGGCGACUGGAAAGCGGAUCAAAUGCAUGGCAAAGGCGUAUACGUGCACCACAACGGGAACAAGUAUACGGGCGAGUGGGUACACGACCUCAAGCAAGGAAGAGGCGUCAUGGAGUACACGAACGGCGAAAAAUACGAUGGCAUGUGGCACAUGGACGUGUACCAUGGACUUGGAUCGUUCCGUGACAUGAUGGGCCACACCUAUACGUGUGAAUGGGUGGGUGGUGUGAAGCAAGGCAAGGGAGAGCUCGUGUUCAAGAACAGAGAUGUGUUUGUCGGUGAGUGGGGGCGAGACGGCACCGUCGCGUGCGGCAUUCUCACGUAUGCCAAUGGCGAUAAAUACGAAGGCCAGCUCGCUGGGCACACGCGGCAUGGAUCGGGAACGUUCUACUGCAAGGUCGAUGGAAAGAGCUACCACGGAGACUGGUACCACAACAAGAAGCACGGGACAGGCAGUCUGCGGUUUCCCACCGGUGAAGUGCUGCGCGGCGAGUGGAAGGACGGCGUGAUCGUGCCAGGCACGUUGGUGUUUACGAUGGCGCCGGCGUCACCGUGGCUCGAUCCGGUCUAUUAA